UGAAUAUUGUUUUGGAACUUGGUGGACUGAAUUUAUUAGCUUAUUUUAGACAAAAAGUCGAAGAAGAUUAUAGUUAUAAAAAGAGUAUACAUGAAGGAAUUAUAAAAAAUAUGCUUAAAUGUGCUGCACUCGCAAUUAAACAAUUUCAUAAACAUGGCAUUCAUUUGGAUAUUAAGCCAAACAAUUUUGUUAUACCUCAUGGACAUAAUCUUGAUGUUCCUUUGAAAUUAUGCAAAUUGAUAGAUUUUAAUUUUUCUAUUAUAACAACUGAAGAUAAAGUUAUAAAGCAAGGAGUAUUUGGUACCACACCAUAUGUACCUUUCGACUUUUCUGUAGAGCGUGUGUUUGAAGUUUCCCGUGAAAUUGACAUUUAUUCAUUCGGUGUAAUGAUUUACAAGUUUAUGUUUAGCCCUAGGAAUAGAAUAGACGAAAUAGAAAAGAAAAAGUUUGGCCACGGAAGUUUGGAUAGACUUGCAAAGGUAUUUUUAUUUUCUAUAUCUGUAAUUUAUUAA